AUGCCGCCGGCAGCAAGCCGCGUCCCCAGGACGCCCCCCGGACGAGGGGCCGCAGCGCCCCCGCUCCCGGCGCCGCCGCUGCUGCUGCUGCUGCUGCUGGCCUGCUGGGCGGGCGCCGGCCGAGGUGCUCCAAUUUUACCUCAAGGAUUACAGCCUGAAGAAGAGCUACAAUUGUGGAAUGAGAUAGAUGCUGCUUGUACCUCUUUCCUGUCCAUUGGUUCUCAGCCUCAGGCAUCCAAUGCAUUGAAGGAGCUUUGCUUCACAAUUAUGGGGACUCUACCAAAGCCCCAGAAAACAGAUGAAAAAGUUAAUAACAAAAGGUUCUUAUUUCAUUAUUCGAAGACAGGGAAAUUGGGCAACUCAAAUGUUGUGUCGUCUGUCGUGCAUCCGUUGCUGCAGCUCGUUCCUCAACUGCAUGAGAGAAGAAUGAAGAGGUUCAAAUCGGACGGAGAAUUUCAAGGUCCUAUUGCAAGUCAUAGCCGCAGAUACUUUUUAUUCAGGCCACGCAAUGGAAGAAGAUCAGAAGGUUACAUUUAA